AUGAACAUCUCCAGUGAGAUCUCCCCUACUGAUCAAUCAAACUCUUCCAGCUACACAAUUUUCAAUGCAACUGUGGACAUUCAUCUUUAUGAAUACACAUGGAUUUAUGCCACCAGCGUGCUGUUGGGUCUCCCAACCAACUUCUAUGUUAUAUGGCUUAUUGUAACAGGCAAUGGACUUGCAACAGAGUUCUUCAGUCUCAACCUAUUUGUCAGCGAGAUCCUAUUAAGUCUGAACUCUCUCUUGAAUCUUCUCAACAAAGAAUUUGAAAUUCACAAGAUAGUUGGGGCUUUUUUAAUAGGACUUGCCAUCACUGGUCGUCCUCUGUUUCAGUGUCUGAUCUGUGUUGAGCGUUACCUGGCAGUGGUUCAUCCUGUGACAUUUCUGAAGUUCAAACCUCUCAGAUACAGAGUCAUUUGUUCUGGUAUUGUUUGGGUGACAACUGUCGGCUCCUGUUUGGUCAUUAUUAUGGCUUUAGAGUUGUUCCUAUCAAAGUUAUUUGUUGGUUUCAUAUUGGCACAGUUCUUUGCCCUCCUCUCUGUACAGUUGUUCUGCUGUUUGGCUGUUCUCAGAGCUCUGAAGCAGUCAGGACCAGGAGAGAGAGGGAGAGAGAAAUUGGAAGAAAACCACAUGAAAAGAAGAGCCUCUAAUUUAAUUCUAACAAUUACUGUGACCAUGGUUAUCAUAUAUGCUCCAUGUAGUAUUACAACAAUCCUUUCUUUUACUUCAACACAAAAUAUUGACAUACUCUUGUCUCUAAGUGAGGCUUGUUUUACAUUGGCUGGUUUGAUGCUGCCAGUUCUGUUUCUACUGCGGGUGGGAAAACUGCCCUUUAUCAAACGUCAAUAA